AUAAGAUAAUAAAUUUUCGUUUCUGUCUGCGUCUACUAAUGCAACAUGUCGGGAACCUGCAGCAAUCCCGCAAGCUGCACUGAUUCUCCACACUCAACAAUAACAACUCAUAUGCAUCGGCGUAUGCAAAUCCACCCAGAUACCAAAUUCUAUCGUCAGGUAUCAUACUGGGGUAUGGUCCAUGAAACGGAAUUAUACACAAUUAAUGGCUUUUUCGGGAAGGUGGUUUAGCAACAUCCAUUCUAAAAUUUCUUACAUGAAACACUAGAAUAGUCCACCCUCCAUACGGCUUUCCGGCAAUUCCGCUUGCGUGUUCGCUGAAAUGAAGUUUAUCCGUCCAAAUUAGGCGAUGCAACUUGAGAACGCGGCUUAUUUGGUUUGCUACUUUGUGAAUCCAAUAUAUUAUUAGAUAUUCCAGAUUCUGGGACAUCAGUAGACGGCACCAAAUGAAGUGUGGACAUUGAAUCCCAGUUCUCAUAAGAAAGAAGAAAAAUGUUGCAGUCGUGGGUUCCUUUGAUUAUUUCUCCUGCCAAUCACGGGAUUUUAGUUCGCAGUCUUAUUGUUAGUAGAACCUUUCGAAUAACUGACCGCGGGAAUAAGAUCAGCAGUGGGGGACGCGUAAGCCGACAUUCGGAUUUUUUUAGUGUUAGUUCCACUGGUGGAAUGGACGGCAACAUUGUCAGCCAACAAGCAAUAUACAGGCCUAAGGGACAAGAAUCAGACAUCUUACACGAUUAUCCGGGUAGAGCUUCAUUUUGCCAUCAGAUGACGCCAGAAAAAUCUAUAGCUAGGAAUUUGUUCACAAGGAAACUUUAUGGGGUUCGACUAGGGCACUUCACUCAUACAUCUACAGAAAGUUCACCGUUAUAGAAUGCAUUGCAGAAGGCAAAACUUUAUUUUUAAUACGUAUUUUAUACGCG